GGGGAAAAGUUUGCAAAUGAACAACAUUAAAUCAACAAUUUUUAUUCUUUAUUUUUUAUUACAAAUAUUUACAAAAAUUGUUAGUGAAGACACUGAUACUUUUCCUGUACUGACAAGUGAUAAAUUAAUUGAAAAUUCAAAAACUUUAUUGAUUUCAACUAUUGACGGGUAUUUAACGGCUGUUGAUGCACAAACUGGAGUAAUUAAAUGGCGCUUCAAAGAAGGUCCAUUACUUGUAUCACCAAAAAAUGUUCAACGAGGAUUUACGUUUAUCCCAGAUCCAAGAGAUGGACAGUUAUAUUUGGUUAUUGAGGGUCGUAUUACUAAAUUACCUUUCACAAUACCUCAUCUUGUACGUGUUUCUCCUUGUCGAAGUUCCGAAGGCAUUUUCUACGCAGGAAGCAAAAAAGACGUUUGGAUAUCCGUAAAUCCUGAAACAGGCGAACGCAUCGACAUACUUGCCACCUCUAUUUCGCCUUCAUUUUGCCCAGCUAACCAUCCACAUGCAAUUCACAUUGGAAAAACUGAAUAUCAAAUCCAAAUGGUGGACACCAAACGAAGAGACAGGCAUUGGAAUGCAACAUUUGUUGACUACUCUUCGCAUCUUUUGCCUGAAGAUGCAGAUUAUCCACUACAGCAUCUUACAAGUUCUGCAGAUGGUCGUGUACUUACUGUUGACUCGCGUUCCGGCUUGGUACUUUGGCAACGUGAUUUUGACAGCGUAAUAGUAAACAUGUAUUUGCUCAAAGAUGAUGGAAUGCAUCGACUACCUAGUACUGCAAUUGGAUUAGAAACAUUUGAAUUGCUUUUACAGGUUGGCGUAGUAUUUAUUUUAUUUUAA